AUGGCGCCCGGCCGCAGCAGGCCUGCGCGGCACGGCCUCCACAACCCGGCCUUCCAGCACGACGAGUCGUCGGCCAGCCGCUCGUCAACGGGAGAGGUGCAGUCCCGGACUCCGUGCGAUCUACGAGCGGCAGCCUCGACAUGUCCAGCCUGGCGGGACGAAGACGGCGGCUUCCAACCGUUCGAGGCGUCCAGCCGAGACCGGGAAAAGGCUGGGGCGUCGCCGCCGGACGGGCAGCACGCCACCGGUCAGGUGUUGUCGUCCGCUCACCUCGGUCGAGACGACCCGCUGCCGGACGAGCUGCUGGCGCCGGAGCUGUUUCGGUCCGCUAGCCCGUUGGACAUCAUCCCCGAGAUGGCCGACGAGAAGGACCAUGCCGAUGCGAGCCGUGAGAAUGCCGGCACGGAGCGGCGCCAGGCUGACGCGCGCGAGCGGCCGUCAAGGACGCGCGUGAGGCGAGGAGACCACACCGACAACGCUGCUGAGCUGGAGCAGCGAGCCGAAACAGCGCCGGAGCGGUCUCACAAUCCGGAGGCCGCCGCCCGGCCAGAUGAGCGGCUGACGGGACGCCACCGGUCCGCCGCUGACCACUUCUCUGACCCGCUGGUGCCGGAGCGGGGCGACGAUGCAGAGGAGAGGGCCUCGACGCCCACUGCACGCCGUCACCGCACGCGGUUUGGAGUGGGCCGCGGCGGCCGGAGGCGGGCCUCGAAGGGCUCGUCAGCGGACGACGAGCGUAGCAGCAGCGUCGACAGCGCGCCGCCGGCGCCGGCGCCGGCCGCGCGGCGUUGGGCUGUCAUACGCGAGACCUUCGACAUGGACGUGCCGCUGUCGCAUCAGUGGAACUUCCUCGAGUCAGUUGGGCAGAGCUUCCCUACGGUGGACGCGAAGUCGUACCAGGAGCACGUGCGCCAGCAGACGCCCGUCACCAGCUCCUCCAGCGAGGAGGAGGUGCCAGACCCGCAAGAAGCGCGGCUCAUGCUCAAGCUGGCCCAGUCUAAAGACAUCAGACCAGACAAGACGCCAACGCUCGAGACGCUCGCCAACGCGGUUCACCGCCGCAAGAGCGGCAGCGUCGAACGGAAGAGUCUGCCGCCGGAGAAGGGAUCGCCGUCGGCGGCCGACAGCCAGGCGGCUGACGACGAGCCCGUCGACGUCGCGAAGAUCCCGACGCCGGAGCGGGCGCGGCAGCGGCGCGCCACCGUCGCCGAGGUGUCACUCAACCACUUCUUGGAGGACGUGGACCAGCGGGCGCGCGAGCUUCGCGAGGAGGAGUUCUGCGGCGCCGACCCGUACCAGGUGCUGUCGCCCAGCCAGCUGGAGAUCGACGAUGACCACGUGGUGCCGAUGGUGGACUCACAGCGCUGCGUGAAGCUGAUGCUGGCGGAUGCCGAGUGGCGGCUCCAGCGGGAGUACGACCAGACGCCGACGCCGACGCCGACCUCGUACCGGUCGUCCCGUUCGGCCACGCCGGAGAGGCGGGAGCUGUCUGGCUCGGCCGACAGUCCGGCAGAAAGGUCGCCAAGGAGCGACGACCGGCAGACUCCGUCUGGCUCGUCCCUGUCCGGAACGACCACUCUGCGUCCGGAGACCAAUCCACACCAGGAGACGAGCCCGGGUCAGUCGACGACCUCGCGGGCGGUGCAGACCUCGCCCGGCACCGUCUCGCCGGUGGGUGCGGCCCCGGAUGCCGACAGCGGCCGCACGGCCAGCCAGGCGGUGCAGACGUCCCCCGCCGAGCCCGCUGGACCGGCGUCGCGGCCCAGCAGCGCCGAUCAACCAGUGACGCUGCCGCCACGCCUGCUCGCGCGCAGCCGCCCCUGCAUCGACCUGACGGGCUAA